AUGCCAACGCUAUUUUUUAUGGAUUAUAGCGUUGCCAGCCUGUUGUUUUUUUUAGCGCUUUGUUUGAUCUGUAUUACGGUGCUGCUCUGGCAGCUGACCAUUCGUCAGCUUGGCUAGCCUCUUAUUUAAAACUUUUGUUUGAUUCAAAGGAUUCAAAGGAUUUGCCGUAUUUACCGAGAGUAACUGCCAGACAAACAGCAAGCAGCAGCUCUCAGAGUGCUCCGAGUUGUCAGAUUGAAUGCAAAUGUAAAGUCCAAAAAUAUAUAACGUCUUAAAUUCGUGACCACCAAUGUAUACAUAUUUUGGCGCACCAUCUAUAAAAAAAAUACUAGUCAAUUUAACCCAUCUAUUGCUUUACAGCACUGGAAUUGUUUUGCAAAGUCCAACACCGCAGAAAAAACGUCAAAAUUUAUAAACGAAGAAUUACAUCCCGAAAAGGUUCAAGGAUUAGAGUUAGAAUUAGAUAUGUAUGUGGUUUCAAGAUCAAAGCAGGAACUGUCUCAAAUGAUCUCUACUAUAAGGACUGAUAAUUACUCAUGGGAGCGGAUCAUCCAAAAAGGACGCGUUGCACUAAGGAAAAUUGCAUCGGUGCAAUUAAAUAUGGCGGCCAAUGAAGAUCUAUGGCAUAUCGAAAGCAGAUCAAAGAAAUUACUUGUUCUGGAACAACGUUUUAGCGCGCUUACUCAGCGCUUGGAAAAUUUGUAUGCGUCAAUGGACCAAUAUCUGCAGGAUUUGAGCAAGAUAAGGGACAACACUCACCGCAUGCUAAGUCAAACAUCCAUAUUGAAAGAUGACGAAAUACUAGCUCAACACAAAAUAGCCGGAAAGCUCAGUAUCACACAGUUGACGGAGUUCUUGGAUUUUCUAUAUCAUCGUUAUGAUGCUGAGUGGGAAGUUAAGGAUAUGGUUGCAAGGGAAAUUCAAAACUCUAGGGAUUCUUCUGAUAUCGCUUUUUUGGUAACAACUUGGAAUAACUGUCCCCAUGCUGGCGGAACUGAGUUUAUAGAAAAGUUCAAUUUAUUUUACAAGAGGAUGGGUCGUCGUUUUGUCUGACGAUCAUAACGGGGAAUGGUGACUCCACCCAGUAAGACUAAUUAGUUUGCAAGGAUACUGCACACUUCGCAUAUAUAAUUACAUUUAUUUCUCAUGUCUCUCGAAAAUAAAAUAUCUUAUCGUUUUA